AUGGAUAAGCACGAGGAAGUAGCAGUUAUUUUGGCGGUAGACGAUGUUGACAAAUUAAGUCUUCCUUUGCGCCGGCGGUUUUCUUUAGAAAUUGAACUUGCAGUACCUUCUUUGCGUGAAAGAAUAGAAAUUCUCGAAAUUAUCUUUAAAAACUGUAAAAAUGUGGAUUCUGAUGCAAUCCUCAACCUUGCCAGCAACACCCACGGGUAUACUGGUUCGGAUCUACGCUGUAUUCAAAAACUAGUUUUUGCUGCCGGCUUGGAUGUCGACAAAAAUGUUCUGAAGGACAGGAUAGUUGACGCAACGAAAAAAAUUCGCCCAACGGGCAUUAGAGAAAUUGUAUUAGAAGUUCCAGAUUCUGUACUUUGGCCACAGCGGUUCCCCGAGUCCUUCGCACGCUUUAAUAUCCCAGCUCCAUCUGGUAUUUUACUUUACGGUCCACCUGGAUGCUGCAAAACGAUGGUUGCAAGAGCUCUCGCGUCACAGUCGCAACUUAAUUUUUUAGCAGUCAAGGGGCCAGAAGUUUUUAGCAAGUGGGUCGGAGAGUCUGAGCGUGCCAUCAGAGAUCUUUUUCGACGUGCUCGUCAGGUAGCUCCAGCGGUACUUUUUUUUGAUGAGAUUGAUGCGGUAGCUGCAAGUCGAGGAGACAAGAAUAGCGGUGUGGGUGACCGUGUCUUAGCUCAGUUACUCACCGAACUUGAUGGCUUAGAGAAGAAAUGCGGAGUAAUUGUUCUGGCAGCUACAAAUAGACCGGAUAUGCUAGACGGAGCAAUACUUAGACCGGGUCGCCUCGACAAGACUAUUUAUGUCCCCCUACCUGAUGCAGAUGCCCGGUACCCCAUCUCUCUUUUGUUUCUCUUGUUUUGUCUAAGAAAUCUUAGACCUUCAUUUUUCAGUAACCGUCCCUGCAUUGGCAGCAAAUCUAUAUUGUCUCUUCAAUCGAAAAAUAUUGAUAGAUGUGACUACAUAGAGGAACUAGUAGAAAGGACGGAAGGAUAUUCGGGAGCAGAAGUCGUUGCCGUAUAUCGUUGUGCUGCUUUGGUAGCUUUGAAGGAGGAUAAAAACUCUGUGUUUCUUGAAAGGAAGCAUUUCAUGGCAGCCCUGAGUCAAGUUGUACCACGAACAGAAAGUAGGUUGUUGGCGCUGUACAAGAAUUUCAAGCUGGGUCACUGCAUCUGA